CAGGCGUCGGUCACCGUCACUGACGCCCGAGACACGCGCGCCCCCGGUCAGGCUGCAGAGUUUCCGAGGUGACCAUGGCUGCUGUGACCGCCAAGCGAGACGGGCCGCAGUUUAUCAGCGAGAUGGCAGUGCGAGGCAACGCCGCCGUCCUGGAAUAUUGUCGGACCUCGGUGUCCGCGCUGUCAGGGGCCACGGCGGGUAUCCUGGGGCUGACGGCCUUGACCGGCUUCGUCUUCUACUUUGUGGCGUCGUUCCUACUCUCCCUGCUGCUGACGGUCAAAGCCGGGCGCCUAUGGAGAAAGUACUUCAAGUCUCGCCGGCCUCUCUUCACCGGCGGACUGGUCGGGGGGCUUUUCACUUACAUCCUCUUCUGGACAUUCCUCUACGGCAUGGUGCACGUAUAUUGACCCGGGCGGGCGGGUGGGCAGGCGGACACUGGGACAGGCAAGGCGAUCGGAGGCUCCUCUCAGCCGGGAUCGGGACUCUGACUCGCCUGCGGACAACUGCACGGUAAAAAAACGAUUCCGGCAUGUGUGUCAAGUUAACUUAAUGAGAUUUGCAAAUAAAACAGUCGUAUUUUCCAACCGAAUUUUCACAAUUACCAGAUGAAAUUCUAGUUGCUUUAGACGGAUAGUGCUGGCAUUACUUUUGUACGGCGGGAGGAGACUGUGCGCGUGGUUGUGGGAUGUCUUGUAUCUUUGUAAAAGCGACCGCCAUGAGCAACCCAGAACAGAGGAUGACGAGUUAAGGAGAAGGUUUCCGUCCUGGGAGCUGGUAACGAGCUAUUGAAUGUUCGGCACAGGGUAGUUGGGUUUGCCUUAUGAAAUGCCACAUGCGGUUAGUGUGCUAAGAUGUCCAUCCAAGUGAGUUCCCAGGCUCGUGAUACCACUCACUCAACUUGGGAGUUGAGGCACUUUCCCUCUCCUGCAGCGUGAUGGCAAAAUGGGUGAUGGGCUGAGACCAAAGUCCUGCAGCUCAGUCAGGUAGAGUUGGGUGGGCAUCUGAACUGUGAAACGUGUGUCGGUCUGGACGCCAGACACAAAGAGCCCAGUAAUGUCCAGUAUCACAGUCUGAAGUACGUUGAGGGUUAUUAGUUUGUGUAGUAUUGACCUGCCAUUAGCUUUGUUCCCACUGAAAUGUGGCAUUGCCUCUCGCCACGACAUUUGAGUACUAAUGACACCAGCAUUUAGGACUGUUACAAGCCGGAAUAUCAAAAGACCGAGUUUGCUAAUCUUCUCUUGUUUCUCAACUGGUCCUGGUGGGCUGGGCUGUGUGUGGUGUAAAAUCUGUGGUGAACUUUCAUGACAGCUGAUUUGCAGACCGAAAAGAGAGGGAAUUGAUUUUUGAUCAAGAAAUUCGACCAUUUCUGAGAACACGGGAGUGAGAGUCUUCAGAAGAGCAUGAACUCUUUGUUAGUUUGUAAUUCACAGCCCUGGUACCCGCUUACAGGAAAUAAAUUUACGUUUGAUUCUUC